AAAUAAAAAUAUAAAUGACAUACAGACGUUUAGAAUUUCUGGGUUAUAUCUGUUUUUGUGCUAUUGUAGUCACAAAGGCACAGCUCGAAAUCGACCGCUUCGAUGUGCAUAUAGUUUACCUUUGGUGAGAUACUGUAGCACCAAAACAAAUCGAAGUGCUAUUCAAGCGACGAAGUUGACAGAUGAAGUAGUAAACUAGUUUCUGUGUUUGUUGCUGUGUUUAUAGGCUCGAGUUUUGAUGAUUGGCUGUAAACAUAGAGUCACUAUCUAUAAGAACGUAUUACAGUGAUGCUGCAGUCAAUCACAUGCUCGAAUACAGUACUGGAGAGAUAUGAGAGCUAGCGAAAAAUAUUGUGUAAAUCUAAAUACUGAUCGAAAUGGUGCCAAAAAGAGAGAUUUCGAAAUUAGCAGUUUUGCGUUGCAGUUACGUGUUAUGUGUUUUGUGAUAUUUUAACCAUGAUGGAAGAAAGUGAGAAGCCGUUUGCCUGCUCAGCAGAAGGCUGCUUAAUGCGUUUCACUAAUGAAGAUCAUUUGACUGUACAUAAAAAGAAACAUGAUAUGGUUCUAAACUUGGGAAGUGCACAAAAAUCAAAUCUUUUCAGUGCUGAUCAGACACCUACUCCGACACGUUUCAUUCGCAAUUGUGAAGAGGUUGGUUUGUUUCAAGAUUUGCAAAAUGUGAACCCAUUUGAAGAAACAUUCAGGAAAGCAUUUGAAGCAUCUAAAGCUGGAAUCACAUUGCCUGAGGUGGACCCCCUUAGUGUGACUGCAGGUGGAGAUGACACUUUGCACACACCACAUGUGUUCCCUAACAUUAUUGAAGAUUCUGAAUCUAUUCCAUCUCUUUUGUCCACAGAAUCUCUUGCAAGUGAAAGUAGCAAGAGGUCUCCUGUCAGGCAAGAUUUGGUCCAUUUUAUUAAGAAUUCUUCUGUAACAGAGGAAGAAUUCAAAGGAAAGGAUAAUCUACAUAAUUCUGUUGCUUCGGACUGUUUGGGAAAAGAAAACCCUGAACAACUUCAAGGAGAAAAUCUAAUGCAGCUGGAAGAUGACUCACUCAAUCAGCAAAAUGAGACUGGAGGACUACAGGUUCUGCUUAAAACUUCAGAUGACAAGCUGGUCCAUCUUUCACUUGAACAGUUCGCUCAGCUGUCUGGAUCACAGCUUAUGAUCCCUAUCGUCACAUCUGUAACUUCGGGUGCUUCUGCAACCAGUAAUGAGGACAACAGUCAAUCAGUUGACAUGUCAACAUGUGUUCCAACAGUGUGCAAACCUGUUGCUCCAACUGAUGGAUCUGCACUAGUUAAAAUGAAAUUAAAGCAGACAUUGACAAAUAAUAGUAAUAAAGUAUCCACUACAAGCACUCCCGGUCAGUCAUCUUCAGAGCAGGCUGACCAUACAGCACCUCCCGCAGAAUCCCGUGCACCAUGUUCCACACACAGCCGGACAAGGAAAAGUUCGUCACAAUGUGAUGAUGAUGAGAAAAGGAAAAAGUUCCUUGAGAGAAAUAGGGCAGCUGCUAUGCGUUGUAGAGAAAAAAGAAAAUCAUGGAUAAAAGACCUGGAGAAAAGGGCAGAUAUUUUGCAAACUUCUAAUGACCAACUACAAGCAGAGGUCAAAAGUCUUAGAGCAGAAUUGGCUACCCUCAAGGCAUUGCUUUUGCAACAUAAGAACUGUUCUGUUUCAGUUGCCAUGAUGCAGAAUGCCCAUGUAACAGCAGUGGAAGCUGAUUCGACUAAUACCACAACUGUUCAUCAGACAACUGCAGUCUCACGAAUAAGCAUAUCACACCAACCUGCAACAAAUAAGCCUAUAGUUGCUACAAAAAUUUUGCUUUCACCACCCAGCAAUGAACCCAGGCAUAUAAUAUUAUUAAAUAGACCCCCUGUGAAACGAAAUGUGGGCAAUGCUACACCACCUAUCAAGAAAAAGGUAUGUGGAGGAGCUGUUAAACAAAUUGUUAGUGGCACUAAUAAUCAAGUACUACAGCAGGCAUACCUCAUCUCAUCAACAAGUGCAGAUGCCGUACAAGUUGCACAGGGUAACAUAGGCAAUGAGUCUCUUGUACCUGCCAUUUCAGUAGCAAAUGUGCCCACUGUUCCUGAAAUUAUACCUGCAGUGCUGAAAGAUUCAACUGUACCAAGUACAGACUGUAAUUUAGAACUAAGUGAAACAAAUCAACAGCUUGUUUCUCUGUCAUUAAUCAGUCAGUCGGAAGGACAUUUCCCAGCUCUUGUAGUGCCUGGUGUUGCUCUAAAGUCAACAUGUGAUACAGUGUGUGAUACAGGAUUAAACAGCAGUCAAGUAGUAGAACAUAUGAUUGAUAUUGACCCAAGUAUGGUGAGUGUUGAAACUCAUCAAGAGCCCAACAGUAGUGUUGAAAGAGACCAUUCAGAAGAUAGUGACAUUGAAGUGGUGUAUGACUCUUCAUCAAAGGAUGUAAGCUGAAAUUGUUUUGUUGCUUGUUAAUUGUUUGAUAAGCACAGCACUGAAUUGAAUUCAGGACUGCACUUAACAUUUUGUUAAAAAUGUAUAUAAACACAGGAAAAAUUAUUACUCUCUACACUACCCCAUUCCAGUUUAACUAUGAAAUAUAUUAAACACAAUGAAGUGCAGAGACAGUUUGGAUUGUGGCUUCAAUUUGUUACAUGUGACCUUUUUGUUUUUGCUGUAAAGAGCUAAUUGUGAGAAUCAUGUGCACUGAUGAGCCAAAACAUAGUGGCCACCUCCAUAAUAGCUUUUUUGCCCAAAUUUCAGAUGAAAUACAUCACUGAUUCUGCAUAUAAGGGACCUGACAGUUUGUAGGUAAGUUUGUGGGGGUAUGUGGCAUUAGAUGUCUUCACACAGGCCAUGUAAUUCGCGUAAAUAAUGGGCCACUGAUUUGCGUACCUGGCGAUGGCACCUGAUAGCAACUCAAAUGGAUUCCAUAGAAUUUACAUCAGGCAAAUUUAGCCACAGACAUCCACAUGAGUUCACUAUAAUGCUCUUCAAACCAUUGUAGCACAAUUCUGGCUCUGAGACAUUGACAAUUAUACUGCUGAAAGACGACAUUACUGUUGUGGAAGACAUCAAGCAUGAAGGGAUGCAAGUAGUUCAGAUUACUACCACAGGUCCCAUGCAAGCACAGGAGAAUGUCGCCCAUAGCGUAAUACUACUCCCACAGCCUGUUUCCAUGUGUUUCACCACAUGUUUCAAGCCACCAUUCACCUCACUGAUGGUGUUUGUAGAGGCAACCACCAACCUAAUGUAGCAAAAUUGAGAUUCAUCUAAAGGGCCAACACUUUUCCAUUAAUCAACCGUCAAAUAAGAGUGGUCCCGUGCCCCCUGCAGUUGUAAUUGACAAUGUUGUUGGAUCAACAUGUGAACACGUAGGGGUUGGCUGCUGCAGAGCUCCAUGUUCAACAACGUAUGAUGAAUGGCGUGCUUUGAAACAAUUGUGCGUGCACCAGCAUUGUUCUCUUUUGGCAGAGAUGCUACAGAUCACCAUCUAUCCUACUUUAUAGAGCAGACAAACCUCCGAACCCAGCGGCCUGAGAAGAGUUGUUUAUGUCAAACCAUUUAGCAACAAGUGGUAGUUUCACAGUCCUUCUACCUUUCCAUAGAUGCUCAGAACAGUAGCACGUGAAUGUUCGACCAGCUUCCCCAUUUUUGAGAUACUCGUUCACAGUCUUUGUGUCAUAAUAAUCUGCCCUUUGUUAAAGUCACUUAUCUCAACGCAUUUCCCCAUUCGCAGCCCAUAUCUUCGCUAGGGAGAUCCCCCGUCUGUCUCUGCACCUCUUGCACACUAUUUUUACCAUGUCAUGUGCCUGCAAUGCCACCAGGCAGCAUCCAGUGUCAUAGUCGGUAGUGGUCAUAAUGAUUUGGCUUAUCAGUGUAUAUAAUUUGAGAUUUCCAUAAUAAGAAAGUUGCUGUGUGAGGAAGAUUUGUACCAGGUUGCUGAUGUAAUGUGUUGGGAGCUAUAUAAAUUUUUUUUAUCGUGACUAUGAUUGAGUUGGCUGUGUAAAACAGCCAAAUGAGUUUUAGAAGCAUUGUAUCAUUUUUUUACACUCUGACCAUAUAAAAAUUUGAUAUCUACAUGGAUGUAGUAAACAUAUCAUGUAACAAUUAUAGAGCAUAAAGAGAGCAUGUUUAUGAAAUAGAAAGUGCAACAUAAUUUUUUUUUAUUAUAAAGGAUAGAAUCAUUACAGUUUUUAUGUUAUUACAAUAACUUGCAGUAUUGAAACUUGUGGUUAAAUUUGAUGGUCCAUUACAUGGAACAGUAAUAGUUUUAGAAUUUAGAUGCUGCUUAUAGAAGAACAGGUUGUCAGAGCUACAAGACCUAAAAAUGUUAAUCAAUGUAUAUAAAGUGACAAUUAUACAAGAAAAUGUCAAUUGCUAUUCAUCAGGACACAAAUUAUCUCAGACAAUUAUAUCUAGAUGUCAAUGUAUUUAAUAUUGUCAUAUAAAUUUGGAAAAAAAUAUUGGAUGUAAUUAUAUGGAGUUUUGCCUUA